UGUAUCAUUCCAGUGAAAUGAGUGCAAGACGACGUAAUAGGAAUACCAGACCUUGUUGUGUUGCUGUGGUGAUGUCAAUCAUGUCGCCUCCUCCUCCUCUGAUCUUUCUUCUCAUAUUUCACGGAGUUUAUAGUGCUGAUGAUGAGUGGGGUGUGAAUUACAGCUCUUCAUCCAUCUGUGCACUAAAGGGUUCAACAGUGAUAAUAAACUGCACUUAUAAAUACCCUACUGGACAUCAGAUCAUGAAAGUGUUCUGGACCAACACUGAUGUUAGACAACCAAAUAAGGAUUUUCCAGAUCUGUCUGAGGACUCUGAAUACAGUCAGAGGAUUCAGUAUCUGGGAGAUAAACAUCACGACUGCACCAUGAGACUGACUGAUGUGAGACAGACAGAUUCACACGAAUACUUUUUCAGAUUCAUCACUGAUAUACCUAAUGGGAAAUGGGUUGGAAAACCUGGAGUGACUCUUGAUAUCACACUAAUAACAGAUCUUCAGGUGGAGUCUUCAGGUGAGAGAGUGACAGAGGGACAUUCAGUGACUCUUACAUGUAAAAGCAGAUGCAGUCUGACUGACAGAUCAACAUUCAUCUGGUUUAAAAACACACAGUCAUUAAGUGAGAGAAACAAUCAACUCAUCCUGCAGUCAGUAAGAAGAGAGGAUGCAGGCAACUAUAGCUGUGCUGUACAGGGACACAAACUCACAUCACCUCAUCAAUAUAUCAAUGUCAUUUAUCCUCCAAAACAGACUCAUGUGGUGGUGAAUUCAUCUGGUGAAAUAAUGGAGGGUGAUUCAGUGACUCUGACCUGCAGCAGUGAAUCAAAUCCACCUGUUCAGAUCUACACCUGGUUUAAAGAGAGUGAAACAUCAUCUGUUGGAUAUGGACAGACAUACAGCCUAAAUUCUAGGCACAGUGGAUGGUUUUACUGUGUGGCUCAGAAUACAGUCGGAUCUCAGAGAUCUGCUGCUGUAUCAGUGAAUGUUAAAGGAUAUCUGGUCAUACUUCAGAUGGUCAUUGGGGUGUUGAUUUUGGUGGCUGCCGUUUUUAUUGUGUUAAUGAUAAUUUGGAGAAUCUGGUGGAUGAAAAAGAGAAAUAACUCAGAGUCUCAGACGGUUCAUCAUAGUCCUUCUCACAACAGCCAUAAAACAUGUGAUGACGUGUAUGAGAAUGUAAUGACUGCUGAUGACAGAUAUGAAGAAUCUAAUUUAAGUCCUCCUGUCUGUGGGAAUAUUCCAGUGUCUGAACUCUAUGAAUGAACACAAUCUCCUUAACAUUAUAAAGUAAUGUUAGUUCUGAUUUACUUGUUUAAUAUUUUGUUCAAUAAUUCAGCUGAACAGAAAGAUGCUGUAGAGGUCAAAGAAACACACCAAAACUUUUGACCGCUGAUAAAUAUUUUCUGUGGUAGGAGCUCUUGGUGAUUGAUAGGAGUGUAAACUAUUGUGAUGAAUAAUACAAACAAGUGAAGAAACUGAGCCAGCGUGUUAUUUUAAGAAUGUUUUUGUAUAUUUAGUACUUGUUUUGUAUGUGAAUAUUUCUUAUUUGUACGAGUACUGACCCAUCUGCUUGCAAGUCCUUAUAAUUGUGUGUAUGCUGCUGAUUCUUUUUUUCUUGUAUUUUGUUUUUAUUUUAUUUUGUUUAGUGCCUUUAUGGUUCACUGAUUGAAUAAUUUCAUUCAAUUAUUCAUUUUGUUUCAAUUAUUCAU